UGUCCGUAGUUGUCGCUAAAGUCGCAUACUCUUUUCGUGUGAGAGGUAGUGACAGCCUUAAGUGAUGUUUCUGUAUAGCUCAAUGUUUAUUAUAUUCGGAUUAGUUUUCAUACUUUUUUGUGACACAACGUUAGCAAAAUGUAAUAAAAUCAGCUUUUGCACUUGCAUCGUUCCUGGUAAUGAAGUUAAGAAAUUAAUUGAUCUUGUAGACAAUGGAAUAUUAGAUAAGAAAUUGUCUCAUACAUUGUAUAUUGAUCUUUGUGCAAAUGUAACACUAAAAACUAAAGAGAAUGAAUUCCAAUGUACUAAACAAAAUGGAUCGUUCUGUGCUACUAAUUCUUACAAGAAAGAAUUUACUGACUUAGGAGUUGUGAAUCAGUCAAAUAUAAACUUGAUAUUAGGGUACAAUAAUAUAUCAAUAUCCAUAGUUAAUCCGAAUUCAAAUUCGACUGUUAAGACAACCGUUAGUUGCUGUACAGGAUGUACCGCAAAACUUGUUUCCGAUACUAUUACUUAUCAUGUUCCACCAUUAGGGACAAUAAAUCCAUGUAAAAACCAAAUGUCUGCUGGCACUGUUUCUAUAGGAUCUACUUUAGUAAUUCUACUAUUUGUGUUCAGCGGAUUAUAUUUUAUCGGUGGUGCGAUAGCAUUGAGGUUGUUAAGAGGUGCAACCGGUUGGGAAAUGUUACCAAACCAUGAAUUCUGGUGUGAUCUUCCAUCGCUUAUUCGAUAUAUUCAUACAAGCAUGUACAUGCAUUCAUAUUCACAUAGUAACACAUACUAUGCACACACGAGAUGAAAUAUGUAUGUGUGUGUGUGUAUAUAUAUACACAUAUAUUUUAUUAUUUUUUGCCUACGUAUAUUACCAUGUACAUACUAUAAAUGAGAGAAUGUGAUAUUUGUUAUGGAUUUAACAUAUAAAUUUUAGUAUAUAUUAUAACAUUAAGAUACAAAAGUAAAUUUCAAUCGAGUUUCUUUAAGCGAAAGACAAUGUAAGAACAAUAAAGAAUGCUAACAUGAGAUACCAAAAACAAA